GUCGAGCGCGAGGGGCUCGAUCAGCGCAAUGCCAUGGGCGCGCGGUUCGUCGACGACGUCGCCCGCGAGACCUUGCCCGAGUACAUGCAGAUCCGCGAUAUGACGAAGCUGGGCAAGAAGGGGCGCACCCGGUACAAGGAUCUGCGGUCGGAGGAUACGGGGCGGUUUGGGGAUGGGGUCAGUAACCGGUUCGGUGGCGGGCGGCGGAGGGAGGAUGCGCCGCUCGGGGUCACGGAUGAGAGGUUCAUGCCGGACGAGCGGCCGCGGGGUCCUACGGGGGCCAAUGCGUCG